GGGGCUUCUUCACGACGGCUCAGGCGUACAGGGACUUCCUCCAGUAUGGCGGCCUGGGCGACAGGAUCAGCGAAGCCCUCGAGGACGAGGGCAGUUGCACCGACGUGACCAAGCUGCAGGAGGUGGGCGAGAGUGUGCGCCAGGUGAUCAUGGCCCAGCCCCUGCAGGCCGAGUUCGAGGACGACCUGGAGCGGCAGUUGGAGCGCGUCUCCCAGGGGAACGAGAGCUUCCAGGUCGCCGGGCGUUCUUCGGCCACCGCGGAGGACCUCCCGGACGCAUCCUUCGCUGGCCAGCAGGUCCAGCCAUGCACUGGCGUCCACAAGAUAGUCCGCAGCGAGGCGGCCUCCGCCGGCGUGAUGUUCACGCCCGACACCGAGUCCGUGUUCCAAGACGCCGUCGUUGUCACUUCGGCGUGGGGCCUCGGCGAGACCGUGGUCGGAAGGGCCGUCAACCCUGUCGAGUUCUACGUCUUCAAGCCGUCGCUGCGGGAGGGCAGGGAGGCGGUGGUCUCCAAGACGAAGCGCGCCCAGCUCGCCAGAAUUAUGUACGCCAAGGAGGGCGGCGGCGAGGCCAUCGAUACCACCCCCGAGAGGCGUGCUGGCCGCUUUUAG